CAGCUCCCCCAUGAUGUGAAUCCCUUGUCUCUCGCCGUUCACUGAUUAUCCAGCAAGCUCUGUGUCGGCGUUAUAACGGUUAUAACCUCACGAAGCCUAUCCCCCGCGAUGAGGCCUGCCAUACGCCUACUUUCCCAAUAGCCCUGCCAUAGACCCCUCCGACGAGCGCCCUCAUUGCGCCCUCCGCGAUGUUUAGCCUUGCCAAUCUCGUACAGAAAGCCCAGCAGUUCAUCGAACCCGCGCUUCCGAUCUCUAAUCCUACUUCCUCUGACCACAGACCCUCAAAAGCCACGCUUUUCCGUCACCAGUUCCGUCUACCCGACUCUCAAUCGCCGCUACAAGAGAUUACAGCCGAGCUCACCCUUUCACCUCACCAUUCCACAAGAGGCACCGCUGGCGACCCAACCUCCCAAGAGAAAGAACUCGGAAAGGGAAACCACUAUGUGGGGAAGCUGCACUUGAGCGAACAAUACCUCUGUUUUUCCACGCAGGCGUCCAGCUUCUUGAACUCGGCCAGCUUGACCUCGUCAAGUAGCUUCACUGGGCAGACUCAUGGAGCUGGACCUGCUGGAAACGGAUUUACAUUGCCACUAUGCGCAAUACGGAGAGUCGAACGGCUUCACAGCCAAAGUUAUAUGUUCGCAUUAGCUAUAACGACCUGGAAUGGGAACCCCGAUACCAAAUCGAAAUCAGCGCCGAGCGGUCAGAGGUUGACAAUUCAACUAGCUGGGAGCCGCCAGCAGUGUGAGAGAUUCUGUGACGCUCUGAAAAAGGGUCUCAGGGAGGGCGUGAAAGACGUGGAGAACCUGCGAACGGUCGUCGGCCAAUGCUAUUCGGAGUACCUCCUCCUGGACGAGGCGGACGAGGCUUCAAAGCAACGAGAGCAUCCGGAUACUGGCCUAGGCCUGAUUUAUAGGUAUCCGGGGAAUGCUCGUAAACUGAGGGAUGCUACAAAGAUUCGAUUAUGGAAAGAGUACCUCAAAGAAAAUGGUCGGACUGCCACCCUCAUCCGCCAGCCAACGUUUCACAAGCUUAUACGCGUCGGACUUCCGAAUCGAUUGCGUGGUGAAAUAUGGGAGCUCACAUCAGGCUCCUUUUUCCUACGUCUCGAGAAACCCAAGCUGUACACUGAAACACUAGCCAAAUUCUCUGGAAGAGAAUCCCUGGCCAUAGACGAGAUAGAAAAAGACCUGAACCGUAGCCUUCCGGAAUACCCGGGAUUCCAAAGUGAAGAAGGUAUUGGUCGCCUGCGGCGCGUCCUGACCGCGUACAGCUGGACCAAUGAGUCGGUCGGAUACUGUCAAGCGAUGAACAUAGUUGUGGCUGCCCUGCUGAUUUACAUGUCCGAGGAGCAAGCGUUCUUCCUCCUAUCAGUUUUGUGCGACCGUCUACUUCCUGGGUAUUACUCGACGACCAUGUACGGAACCCUUCUUGACCAGAGGGUAUUCGAGUCUCUUGUCGAAAAGACAAUGCCGAUACUCUGGGAUCACUUGGUCAAAUCAGACGUUCAAUUAUCCGUUGUGUCCCUGCCCUGGUUCUUGUCGCUCUACAUCAACUCAAUGCCGCUUAUUUUUGCCUUCCGGGUUUUGGAUGUAUUCUUCCUUGAAGGCCCUAAAGUCUUAUUCCAGAUCGGUCUGGCUAUAUUGCGGAUCAAUGGGGAAGAAUUAUUGGACGCCACCGAUGACGGUACAUUCAUAUCCGUCUUGAAGUCCUAUUUUGCCCGAUUAGAUGAAUCAGCACAUCCAAAGUCCGAGAACCCUAAGCUGCGAGCCGUUACUAGAUUCCAAGAGCUCAUGGUCGUUGCUUUCAAAGAGUUUUCGAAUAUCACCCAGAACACCAUUUCGGAGCAACGAGCCAAGCACAAGGAUGCGGUCCUCGCUAAUAUCGAGAGCUUCACAAAACGCACAUCCAUACGGAAUCUGGGACCCGACAGCAAACGAUUAAAUAUCGAAGAUCUGGGCUUUCUUUAUGACAGGUUCUACGCUGUUCUUUAUGAGCGCCAGCAGCGAGCGGAGAUCCUGCAGCAAGAGGCCAAUAGAAAGGCCAAAGCCGAGAAGUCCAAGGCGGCGACAAUCGUGACGGGGUUCUCCGGUGAGAAUGUACAGAAGGGCCGUGUUGCGCUCGGUCCUAGUCCCACACAGAUGGACUAUGAUGCAUUCCGAGAGUUUUUAGCUGGCAUUGCCAAAUGGGCGAUUACCGAUUCCCCAAGUUCUCCCGACACCAACACCCUCCAGACGGCUCAUUCAUACUUUGGUGGUAGUACCAGGAGUAGACCACCAUCGUCACCUUGGGGAUCAGGCCCUGAACCUGCAGAUCACGAAUUCAUGAGACGACUGUUCAGACGGUGGGACGUUGAUAUGGCAGAUUCCCUAUCUCUCCAGAAUGUUGUCAGCGGAUUCGCACAAGUGAAAGGUACUAAAGACAUCAUGGCUAACAUCAGCUACUUCUUUGAGCUAUACGACGACGACGGCGACGGCAGAGUGGACCGUGAAGGAAUCCUCAGAAUCUCGGAGGCAUUACUGUUCCUAUCAAGGCGAGGCUUCGGUGAUUCGGCAAGUCCAUCGGCGUCAAUGACAGAUGUACACGGUGGCGAAAGUCCGGAGAGAAGCAACCGAGACGAGCAUUUCCUCAGUAGUGUCUCGGCAUUCAUACGUCGCUGCUUUGAAUAUGCCGACCCUGACCAUCCUUCACAUCAAAGCAAUCAGGCUUUGAACGAAGCUAAUGAAGACUUGGACAAUUUCUCGAUUGGUGCUGAUGAUGAAGAUGACCUCAUCGAUCUGAAGUCGGCGCCUCCCAGUCCGACAGUUGCGAAAAGCAGCAAGGAACCGUCUGCUCAGGCGUCGGUACAGAGGUCUGGCCUCGAUAGCUCCAACCCUGACUCAAAGCCCGAGAGGAAUGGUUCGGAGCCGUCUAUCAAGUCCGAUAAAGUCAAAGCCGCCAAUGCCGCCCUGGAUCCCAAUAAACCGCUAUACAUCACGCUGCCCACUUUCCGAAUGGUCAUACUCGCCGAUGAGGUCCUGGAGCAGUUCUUCGAAGUCGGGUUUGCAUCCUCCUUCCGGUUAGCCAGUACAACGCAUUCUCAGCUGCCUAUGUCUUCGAAUCUCACUACCUUCUCCAAUGCGGGGAAACAAGUCUCAGCCGUCAGCGCUGGACUGGGCGGCGUGGUAGGAGGAGCAGGCGCAGGCGUCGUACCUCCCGGAAAGGGUCUAAGGGGUAUGUUGGACAACAUUGUCAGUGACGGGAUGCGUGUUGCUGCAGAGGUUCGAAGGAGGAUGGAAGAAGCCCAGAAGGAGAUGGACAAGGAGGCGCGGUAUGGCCGAGACGACGAAGACGAAGACGAGGAACCCUCUACUAAGGAUGCGGAUUUGCUGGAGGGCGCAGAGACGGCCGGUGUGGACACCUCGAAGGAUGCGGCUUCGUCGGCUGGUCUGUUGACUCCGGAUAGCUCGUUGUCCGGCGAGAUCAACCCGAAUCGGAAUCGCAGUGCAAGCGAUGCGAGUAGGAAGGUUGUUGAGUUCGAGCGAUAAGCGAGUUCUUUUAGUUCUGUAGUGCGUCAUACGGGAGACACAGGUCGUGCUUUGGCUUAUGGAGUUUAUCGAGAGGAUUGGGUCUUUGUGUAUUCAAGUCAUCAGAGGACUGAUAUCGUGGUGGAUUAUUUGCAUAUGCCCUCGUACGGUCUCGGUGAAUCAUCAAUGGAGAAUAUGAUUAGUGGUCAAAU